AUGGACUGGGGCUUUGCCUUAUGGUUGUCAAAAGGGACACACCGUCCCAGUUUAGUCAUCCUCAUCUGGCAACGUUCUCUCAAACGUCCCAGAUUCUUGACCGCUUCGUACCGUAACUCAGAGUUUCGUAGAAUGCAAAUUUGCAAAGUUCGAGUUGAUCUUAUAAGAUUGUUCCUCAAGUUCGACGGGAUCCAUUUGUUGCGUUUCGUAACUUUUCUUUUAAUUGUCGUUCAAUUGCCAUUGGCAAUUGCUCAAGGCAGCUCCUCUUGCACGUUGCAGGGUGGUGGCGACGAUUCGGACGAGGACACACAGUGCGCCCUCAGCGAGAACUGGACGUUCGAGAAGAAGACUAGACGGUGGUCGCGCGUGUGCGACGUGACGCAAAGCAACGUGGAGAGAUUGCAAGCGAUCGCCGGCCAGAACGUGCAAUCCAACGAGGAGGACUCGUUGGAGGAUCGGCUGGAAGCCGAAGAGGCCGAGGACACGAUGCUGGACACUCUCAGAUACAGCAGCCUGCCACCUGGCACACUCCCCGAUGAGAUCGGCCCGAGAUUUCGAAGGACCGGCUCCGAGAGGCUGAGGGACGGUGCCAAGGCUUUCCUCAGGCGGGUCGAGUCGUUGAAAUCGCGGCGACGAAAGCACCAGAACCGCGACGGCAUCGUCAUCAGCGGGCCCCAAAUUCUAGACGUGAUGUCGAUGCAGCAGAAGAUGAAGGAGCUGAACUGCGUGGACGUGUCGCCGACGAGACCGGCGCCGGUGUCGUUCAACGAUCUUCUGCCGGGCUCGCCGCUGCACGUGCCUGGAUCGCCCGUCACGUUGCCAGCUUCACCUUAUCACCUUCCACCCUCGCCUCUGGCCAACGCGCCUAGCCCGUUCGGCGACGAUUCGUCGAGUUAUUGCUCGGACGGGUCGCAGGGAGGCGGCCCGACGCCUACGCCGACGCGCACCAAGAUGAAUCGUGCAAGAAGAUUCUUGCACCGUGGCCGAGAGGAUCAAGGGGCGCUCAGCGACUCCGAGUGUCAGCCUACCAGUUGGCGGCACAGGUAUUUCAGGGACGCGAACAGUAAUCACGCCAAAGUGUUGGAGUACGUGACCGCCCAUCCCCAGAGUCCCAAAGAUUCGCCGACCAAAACUCCGAUAAAUAGCCGGGGGGGCAGCCUGAAUCUUGGCAAGGAGUCACAGAGGUACAGGGACAAGCUGUCGGGGCAGAGCCAAGAAAGGUACAAGGAGGACAAGGUGGCUGCAUUGAAGAGGGAGGACAAGAUGCACAAGAGUUUCAGGCACCGGGACGACUCGUACAGAGAUGGGAAAUCAUUGUCCAAAGAGGUGACCGUUUACAGAGAGAAAUCGAGAUCCAGGAGUUCGGAACUGGCUGGAAGCCAGGAGAGCAGUUCGACGGUGGCCAGUCGCGAUUCCGAUCAGGAGGAGGAUUCGCCGCGGCACAAGGGUACCGUUGUCAGGUGGCACAGUUUCCAGAGGGGAUCGUUGUACCCGGAGCCACUGGAUCCACUGUGCCCGCGAGCCAUGGCCUCGAUGUCCUGCGGCCAACUCUUGGUACUGAGGAAGCUGGCGCUGUUGAAAUUGACCGCCUGCAUGGAACGAUACUGUCCGACUCAUCGUACAGGUUGGAACUGGGAAUUGCCAAAGUUCAUCAGGAAGAUAAAGACCCCCGACUACAAGGAUAAAACGGUGUUCGGGGUGCCGUUGUUGUUGUCCCUGCAGAGAACCGGCCAGGCCUUACCAAAGUGUAUUCAAAUCGCGCUCAGAUGGCUGAGGGCGAACGCCCUCGAUCAAGUUGGAAUCUUUAGGAAAAGCGGUGUUAAGUCGAGGAUACAAAAACUGAAAAUGAUGACCGAGACUCUCGGGGAUAACAUCAAUUUCGAUGGUCAACAGGCCUUUGACGUGGCUGAUCUCGUCAAGCAGUACUUCAGGGAGUUGCCAGAAGCGCUGUUAACGAACAAACUGUCCGAGACCUUCAUCGCCAUCUUUCAACACGUACCUGUUGAUCUGCGGCCGGACGCGGUGCAAUGCGUGUUGCUGCUUCUGCCGGACGAGCACCGGGAGGCGUUGGAGACUCUGCUCGAUUUCUUGAACCACGUAGCGAGCAACGCUCCCUACAACCAAAUGACAGCCUCGAACCUGGCCGUGUGCCUGGCACCGAGCCUGUUCCACUUCAACCACAGUAACACGAACGUGACCAACAGGUCGAGCAGCGUAUCGCCACGUAGGAGAAAGACCGUGGGCAUUCCCGAUCAGAGGGAACUGUCGGAAAACAAAGCCGCUCACGACUGUCUUCUGUAUCUGGUCAAGAUGCAUCGUGAAUUAUUCAUGGUCUCGUCGGAUAUGUUGACGCAGUGUCAUUUCAAUUACAUGGAGGAAAGUGUACCAGUCGCGUUGGAAGAGCUGGGAUCCGAGCUCAAGCAGGAUUGGAGAGGAUACCUCUACGCCUGCACCACGGCCCUUUUGAAAGAAGCGCGUGAAAAAAGUCGGGGAUGGGUGACGGUGAGCAACCCAGCCGAUAGCACAGUGGAAAUGGCGUACAAGAAGGUCGGGGACGGACAUCCGCUCCGAUUGUGGCGAGUGUCGACCGAGGUAGAAGCUCCGCCGAACGAGCUCCUUCACCGUGUUCUGAGAGAGAGACAUAUCUGGGAUCCGCAGCUUUUGAAGUACAGACUGGUCACUAAACUAGAUACGAACGUGGAGGUCUUUCAGUACGCCACUGGGAACAUGAGCCCUCUUCCUGCCAGGGAUUAUUGCGUGCUAAGAUCCUGGCGUAACGAUCUCCCCAAAGGGACCUGCGUCAUCGUGGAGACGUCCGUGGAACAUCCGGAUGCUCCUGUUAUGCCUGGCGGAACACGCGGCAUUGUUUUAGCCUCGCGCUAUCUAAUCGAACCUUGCGGUAGUGGUAAAUCACGGAUCAUGCAUCUCUCCAGAGUGGAUACAAAAGGACGCACUCCAGAAUGGUACAACAAGAGCUACGGCCACCUCGCUGCCCUUCACCUCAGUAAAAUCCGCAGUUCGUUCAAGCACACGACGGACGGUCCUGAGAGCAAAGUCUGAGAGGAGGCAACCGUGCAACGCUCCCUGUUGCACGGUCCUUACACUACUCUACAGGAUCAGGACGAUCAACACCAGGAACACAGGAUCCUGAAGGAUGUGCGGCAAGUUCAGCCUACGAUCGACGAGGAGUAAAGGAGAAUAGAGAUCGUGCCCACUUUAUCGGCAACCAUGACCAAGAAAAAGUAUAGAAAUAUCUCGAUCGGAAUCAACUCGCUGUUAAAGAUGAACGUGCGUUUCUUUCGAGUUGAUUAGUUAGACGAUAUUUAUAAUUGACGACGUAGGGGACAGAAAAGGAAAAUUACUAUACGUAACAAGAAAACGUUAACGAUACCAUGCACGAGCUUUAAUCGAUGUGAAGCAAUUUCUGUUGAAGCCUGAGAUGUAUAGCGUUAGACGAAUUAUUAAUUAACCGUGUUGUUAGAGGAUGAAGAGUAAAGAAUUAAUUGUUGUCGUAAUUCUAGACGAAAAUUCUCUCUCUGUGUCACGUUUUAUUGUCUAAGGAUCUUGCCGUCCAGUGAUCGUGAAAGUUUGUUUAAAGAAAAAAAAAGGAAAGAAAAAUAAAAUAAUUCAAAAGGCAGGAGACCGAAACGAAGAAAAAUGGGCUAGUACGUGUCUUUUUCCCCGUAGGAUGCAGCGCAUUAUUUUUGCAAGUAGCCGUAGUCCAAUGUUAUAUCGUUGAUCGAAGAACGAUGCUUUUGUCCUUGGCGAUAACUGGUUGCAGAAUAAUACGCGAUUUUUCGCGAUGUUUCGUCAAUGGAGAAAGAAGAACCCCGUAGCACAUACCGAUGCCUUUUCUCGAUGGUUAGCUAGAUAAUUUUAACUGAUAUACGCGAAGUAUAUGUAAAAGAAAAGAAUGAACAUAAAAUAUUUUUCGAUUUACAAUGUCGCUACAUGCAGCUGCAAGAUCUGUGUAUAUGUAAUUUUUGGCGUCGCACGAUGUUCCAAUCUCACCAAAUGAUACGUAUGCGAUCGACGAAGUGAACGAAGCCGCGCACAAUAUUACAACUCGCUCGUUUAUAGCACUUAAGAGCCUCCUAUUUUGUAUGUUUCUUUCGGACCAAAUGCCAAUUUUUCUAUUAUAUCAUAUCAGAACGCCUUUUAAGAGCAAUUCUUUUAGAGAGCAAUUCUUUUUGUAAGUGUCACGAGAUGACCACGAGAGAAUAUGUUUAGCGGAUACGCAAUUAUACGAUGUAUAUGUGCGUGUACUCAUAUACAAAAAACCAAAAAAAAAAAAAA